AUCUAUCUAUAUAGGAUCUAAAAUGCAUGUAUCUCAUUGAGGUUUUCAGAUGCAGACCUUGGUCAAGAUUGGCACCGGGAAUGGAGAAUGUACCAUGUUAGGUUUCUAGUGUUGGCUUGAGUUAAACAUGCUGGAUAUCUAUGAGGGCUGCAAUGGACCAACUUAGUGACACCCCACCACCUUUUAAGCUUAUCGAGAGGAACGAAUUCUCAUAUCGAAAGCAUAUAAAGCAGAAAGAGAAGGAUGUAAAUGUUUGUUUGUGCCAGUACGAUGUCACUGAUCCAGAUAGUGCAUGUGGAGAACGGUGCUUGAAUGUAUUAACUAGCACAGAAUGCACACCUGGCUAUUGUGCUUGUGACAACUAUUGUAAAAAUCAGAAAUGUGAAUAUGCGAAAGUAAGGGUAUUUAAAACUGAAGGACGUGGAUGGGGUCUUCUGGCCGAUGAGAACAUCAAGGCUGGCCAAUUUGUUAUUGAAUAUUGUGGGGAAAUAAUAUCAUCAAAGGAAGCAAGGCGGAGGUCUCAAGCUUAUGAAACUGAAGGCUUGAAAGAUGCAUAUAUUUUUAAUCUCAAUUCACAAGAAUCCAUUGAUGCCACUCGAAAAGGAAGCCUAGCUAGGUUUAUUAACCAUUCAUGUCAACCAAAGUGUGAAACAAGGAAGUGGAAUGUGCUGGGCGAAGUCAGGGUUGGGAUAUUUGCAAAACAAGACAUUCCUGCUGGAACAGAAUUAUCCUAUGAUUAUAAUUUUGAAUGGUUUGGUGGUGCUAAGAUUCGCUGCCUUUGUGGUGCACCCUGUUGCUCUGGGUUUCUUGGGGCUAAAUCCCGUGGUUUCCAGGAGGCCACCCAUCUCUGGGAAGAUGAUGAUGACAGGUACUCGGUUGAAAAUGUCCCCCUUUAUGAUUCUGAGGAUGAUGAACCGGCAAAGAAGUUUUUACAGGCCAUUGUCCCAUCAAAAGACAUGAUGAUUACUGCAAAGGAAAAUAAAGGUUUCCUGAGAAUCACUGAUGGUCCUGUUUCUGCAGUGGAUACUCAAUUAGUGCCAAUUUCUGUAGAACCACUGAGUUCUAUCCCCAUGGAAAUUGAUGAAGCGAAAAGUGAAACAAGAGAAGAUGAUAAUAUGUACUCACAGAAUGCUCAUCAAAGCUUUAUGCGUAAAAGUGCAAUGAUAUCCCGUAUCCGGAGUAAUAGUGCUUGCCGGAACUAUCACAUAGAGUCAGGCCCUUUGUCCAAAACCUUGCCACAUUACUCUGGUGGAAAAUCCAAAAGUCAUGCUAGGAAAGAAGUUAAUGCAAGACUUAUUGGUGAACACUUAGCAUCAGCAGAAGCACGUGAAGAAAUAUAUGCUUUUGAGGAAACCACGAAGCAAGCUGCCUCUCGUCUUGAUUCUCUGUAUGAUGAGAUAAGGCCAGCCAUCGAAGAGCAUGAGAGGGACACCCAAGAUAGUGUGUCGACCAGUUUUGCAGAGAAAUGGAUUGAAGCCAGCUGCUGCAAACUGAAAGCAGAGUUUGACCUCUACUGUGCAAUCAUCAAAAACAUUGCCUGCACACCUCGAAGAGCACGGGAUGAUAUUUCACCUCAAGGAGAGGGCACGACAGAUGAAAUUAAGUUUUUGGAAAAUGGUCAAUGAAAUUUGAGCUACACCGAGAUGCUCACCUGUUAAUGACUUAGAGAUGAGGUUAAUAUAGUCAAAAAUGCCUGGUUGUUGCUUUGCACGACCAACAUUCAUUACUCCCUCACAUUAGUGAGAAAGAAAAUUGCUCACUGUGGAUGAAAAUUUGAAGAAGAUUACAAUUACAUUCAAGACCUUUUGCAUAUUUUUAUGAUCUAUAAUUUUUUAGGUUCCAAGAUAGGUUUACGCUUUUGGAGAGUUCAAUUUGGAAAUAUGCGAAACUGUUAGAUAAUUGUUGUAAUUCCAAUGCUGAACGUGAGAAACACCAAGCAGGGAAAAAAGUGGUGUAAUUAUCUUUUGCCCAACUCUAGCCAGAGUUGGAACUACGGAAUAAUCUCAAUGAGUAGGGAUUGUGAUCAGGAACCGACUCAAAUUCAUUA